AUGACCAUCUCCGAUGUAUCAUUGGAGUCUGAAAUGACGGCCUCGAUGAUGAACGACCCGCCGCCGCCAUACCCCUCCCGUUCAAGAAGAAUACGAGGCUCCCGUCGUUCACGGCGCAGCAAUCAACCCACUGAUUCCGCGGCACCGUCGCCAGAGCUGCCCAAUGAAACCACUCCUUUUCUGACACGACCUCGCUCGUUGUCACACGUCAGUCUGCUCUCUUCGAUUUCGGGGUCGCCUUUGUCGGGCCAGACGAUGGUCACGAUGUUUGACGGCGCGGACCAGCAUAACCAGGAUGACGGGUGCGCUUUGCCGCAGGCGCCGUCGUCUUACUUCCGGCCACUGAAAAAGAAGGUUUAUUAUAUGUCGCUAUUCCAUUUGGCCGUCAUCAAUUUCCCAUACACUCUAUUGACAUGGAUAUUCCUAUUCGUGUUCACGCUGCUUGGAACAACGCUCCUUGUGGCCUUGCCAUUGGGCCUUUUGCUAUGUUUUAUUGAUUUGCUAGUAGCUCGGGUCCUUGCGCGUGGAGAGCUAUACCUCCAAACCAAGUUUCAUUUCCCUCAAACAUCGCUCCGCCGUAAACCAGUCAUAUUUACUCGGCAACGUUCACCUUCUCGAGAGGAUAUCGAGUCCACACCUCUUACCACGAACAUCUUGCUUGACGAGACUUCCUUCUACAAAAACACAUAUGCGAUGUUCACCGAUCCCACAUCUUAUCACUCAUUAUUCUACUUCCUCGUCAUUAAGCCACCUAUCACUCUGCUUUUUUCGCUGUUUAUCGUCAUCUGUGUCCUCCCUUGCUUAAUUCUUGUUAUACCUGCUCCUGCUGCCUUGCGGGCUGUUAGGAGAAUGGGCAUGUGGCAGGCCGCAGUUGCUUUGGAAGGUUUAGCUGGAGAGGCCUGA